AUGGCCGUAGUUUAUUUUGCAACUGAACGUCUAUUCACAGAAAAUUUAGAUUUUUCAACUAAAUAUUGGUUAAACGACAAACAAUGGUUUAUUAAAUGUUUUAUUAUUAAUAAUAGACAAACAUGUAUUUGCACAAUACCCUAUGACCACGAUUCAUACUCUCAGUCAGAAACUAUCACUAAUUCCAUUUAUAAUUCUAUUAAAGCUGAACAUUUGGAUUGUAAUCGUAUACGACAUAUUCGUACAUUAACUAUUAAUUCAUCUUCAGUUCAAACAACAGGAAUACUCUCAUGGUUACAUCAUUUAACUUUUGCAUCGGAUAUUUUAACAUUUGAAUUAAUAGCAAAGAUAUUGAAACAAACACCAUUUCUUUAUUCAUUAACGCUCACAUCAUUUCUUCACCCUACUUCCACUGUUCCAACAGCAACGUUCAAACAUGUUAAAGAAUUGCAUAUGACAUGCAACCGACACUAUGUCAAUAAUCUAAAUAUAAUUAAACAACUUAUGAAACUUUUACCAGAUGUACAUUAUUUAAUACUUGAUUAUCCAUUAUGGCCACAUGAUUCUUUAGAUUUGAUAUUCUGCUCCUGUCCAAAUUUAAAAUCAUUAUCCAUAUGUGCGAAUAAAAUUGAUGAGACUGCUGCUGAAAUGUGGUUAAAUAAAUAUACUUGCUUAAAAUUUCGAAAGCAAAAGUUUUAUGCAAAAUACGACGAAAAAACUAGAGAAUUAACGAUCUGGUUUUAA